AUGGGUUUCUUCUCCUACUUGCGUCAAUCACUGACGAUUUUAUGUCCCCGCCCAAAGUGCGACGAGCAAAAGCCCGAAUGCCACAAAUGUAUCACACGUGAUACGGCCUGUUCGUACCCAGCUUCAACACCUUUAGUCUGGGUGAGUGGAAAAGCCGCUUCCACGGACGACGGAAUAGAACAGAAGAGCAGCAGGGAACCCUCGCCUCCUGCGUAUAGCUCAGGAGAGCAUGUUUCGACUACAAAUAAGCCGUCACUUAAUCUCGAGAACAUAGAUCUGAUAAUCCACUGGUUCACCAAAACCGUUUAUACAGUGGUCUCAACCUCUAACCCCGCCGCCCUCAACAUAUGCCAAACCGUUAUCCUCAAUCGGGCAAUGGAGCAUCACUUCCUCCUUCACGGACUCCUAGCUCUCUCGGCACUUCAUCUCGCGGAAUCUCAUCCCGACCCUCAAAAACUCACCACUAUAGCCACCGCCCAUCACACACAAGGUCUUGCUCUAUAUCACUCUAUCCUAUCUAAUAUCAAUGAAGAAAACUACUCAGCCAGCAUUGCAUUCUCAAGCCUCACCAUCAUGUUUGUCUUCGCGCUAUCCAGGCCCCAACCUACCAACCCCACAAAAACAGAACUCAUCGACCACCUAACCCAAAUCUUCCUCCUCGCCAAAGGCUGGCACAAAGUUGUCCACAUCGCAGACGGCCUCGAAUGCAGAUCCGGACGCAGCAUCUUCCCCACGCACAACCCCAACACCAUCCCCUUGUCCCCAGACAUAGAAGCCGCCUUCAGCCGCCUGCAUGCCCUAAACCAAGGGUAUGAUACGGCGCUCUACGCGCUCGCCAUUCAGUCCCUCAAAUCAGUUUUUGGCACGCUGGCCCACGAAGGAAGUGAGAAUCCGCAUGUUGCUCUCGAGUGGACGAAUACCCUGCCAGAGGAGUUUGUGCGUCUGAUUAGGGAGCGGGAGAAUUUGGCGUUGGUGGUUGUGGGGUAUUACUGUGUGGUGUUGCAUAAGGUGCCUCAGGUGUGGUGGCUUCAGGGUUGGAGUAGGGGGCUUUUUGAUGUUAUUUGGAGGACUGUCGAUCAUAUAUAUCAAGACGCAUUGGAGUUCCCAAGGGUGAUAAUUGAGGUCGAGGGCUGA